AUGUACAAAGGAUCAUCAGACGGCAACAGAAGCAGUUGGUCACUGACAUGUUUAGCACACUGAAGAAGCUGAUCAGGGGCUCCAGGCUAGCGCCUUCGCCAGCCACAACACCUGCUCCAGCCCCCACAACAACAACUACCCCAGCCCCUGCACUUGCUCCACCAACUGAACAAGUUAAGGAUGAAAUGCCUGCAGUCAACGAUAAUGAAGCCAAGAAAGAAGAAGAAACCCCUGAACUAACUCCAGCCCCAACACCUGCACCUGCUGCUCUGCCAGAACCAGACAAGAAACUUUCCAAGCCUGUGAAAGAGGAGCCACCAGCUAAAGAGCAGAAAGCAGAGCCUUCUCCCCCAUGUCCAGUUAUAAUAAAUAAGUACUCUGAUGCACAACUUCGAAAAAUUAUCCACCAGAUGCGGCAACGUACGCAAACAUAUAAAGAAAAAGUCAUAGACCCCUAUGCAUCCUCACCUGAGCGCAGCCCUCCAGUCACACCUCUUUUGAGAAAAAAAGAUUUUUUAAAAAAGCAAGAGGAAGAAAGAAAAAGAAAAGAAGAAGAUGAGAGAAUCAAAAAGGAGGAGUCAAAGAAAGCAGCAGCAAAAGCAGAGAAACAGAAAGAGAAAAAAGAAGAGAAGAAUGAAGAAAAGAAAGAUGAUAAAAUAAAAGAAGAAACUGGACCAGCCCAAAAAAAAAAAUCUAUUUGUCCAAAAGUUGAAUGCACCUGCAUGGACUUAAUGCUGAAACCAAUUGAAGACAAAAUAGACAAAGUUUUGGGCACAUCCAUAGAUCCUUUUACAGAUUGGCGGUACAUCACAUGGCUUAGCCUGGUGGCUACUGCCUUCAGCUACAACCUUUGGUUCAUACCAGUUCGUAUGGCCUUCCCCUAUCACACUCCUGGCUUAAUUCCUCUGUGGUGUGCUAUAGAUGUCAUAGCUGAUCUGAUCUACAUCAUUGACAUGAUCAUUUUCCAGCCAAGGCUGCAGUUCUGCAAGACUGGAGACAUCAUUUAUGACCGAGAUGUUAUUAAAGAGAAUUACAGAGCCUCCACAAAAUUUCAGCAUGCCUUAAUUUCAAUCAUACCCCUGGACUUCUUGUACAUCCCGUUUGGAUUCAAGUCUAUUUUCAGACUCAAUCGCAUCAUGAGGUAUGAGGCUUUUUUUGAGUUCAGUGAUCGACUUGAGGGCAUCUUGACGAGAGCAUACAUCUGGAGAGUAAUUCGCACCAUUGGGUAUUUGCUGUUUGCCCUUCAUAUCAACUCUUGCUUUUAUUAUGUUGCAUCAGACUACCAAGGCAUUGGUUCAACCAAGUGGGUCUACAGCGGCCAGGGCAAUGCAGAAAACCCUGUUGAUGAUUGCAGAGCUACCUUUUCCAGACACCUUAUUUGGUCAAAUCUUUCAGAUGACCAGCUAUAUUUUUGGUACCUGCACUGUUACUAUUUUGCUGUGCGAACCCUGAUCAACAUUGGUGGACUACCAGAGCCUUACACUGUUUUUGAGAUAACAUUUCAGUUGACAAACUUUUUUGUUGGUGUCUUUGUCUUCUCAAGUUUAAUUGGACAGAUGAGAGAUGUCAUUGGGGCUGCCACAGCGGGUCAGACAUACUUCCGUUCCUCUAUGGAUGCAUGUGUAGCCUAUAUGGUGACAAAUCGUAUUCCAAAGCAUGUACAACACAGAGUCCGUACAUGGUACAACUACACCUGGGACUCACAGGGUAUGCUGGAUGAGUCAGAGUUGCUGGUGCAAAUGCCAUUGGUAAUGAGGACAGCCAUUGCUGUGGACAUCAACCUUACCACUUUCCAGAAGAUUGACCUGUUUAAGGGAUGUGAUAACCAGAUGCUUGUGGACAUGUUGCUGAGGCUACAGUCUAUAGUGUAUCUGCCUGGAGAUUUUGUGUGCAAGAAGGGUGACAUUGGCAAAGAGAUGUAUAUCAUCAAAGCUGGGGAAGUGCAGGUCGUUGGUGGGCCUGACAACAAGAUAGUCUUUGUGACAUUAAAGGCAGGCUGUGUGUUUGGUGAAAUCAGUCUUUUGCAGUCUUCAGCAAAUGGAGGCAACAGGAGAACAGCUAAUGUGGCAGCUCAUGGUUUUGCUAACCUUUUUGUGCUGGAUAAGAAAGACCUUCAUGACAUCCUGGUUCACUACCCAGAAUCCCAAAAGGUUUUAGCCAGAAAAGGGAGAAAACUCAUAAAGGCCAAGGGUCCAGCUGCAGCCAAAACAGAAGAGGAGAAAAAGAAAGGCCUGGAGCUAUUUGGACCCAAACCUCCGACUCCCAAAAUGCUUCAGGCAUUUGGAAGGUUUACUAAAAAAGGAUUCUUAGACAAACUUAAGAUCUCCACAAAUGAGCAAUAAGUGCAAUAGAAGAAGAGUUUCACCAUUUCCCUUUAGGAUGCUUUCACUUUUGUGUCUGGAUUCAUUCAUGAAUAGAUUGUGAUUUUGUACCAAAACAAAAUAAAACAGACAUCUUUCAAAUAAA